GGAGUGUCUGUGUUCUUCAUGAUUGGUGGCUAUUUGCCAUAAGUAAUUUCGAGUUUUUUUCACAUAUUUUCUAACUAAAUAUAAGUUUGAUUAGAAAUUGUUUGCUAAGCAAACUGAUACGUUUAAUCUCAUUGAACAAUUCAAUAAAUUCAAUUGGAGUCAAGUCAAGUAGAACAACAGUCGUAAAUAGAACACCUGAUCAAAUAAUAUCAUCAAUCAAACACAAAAAUUGAACCGGAGAGAAUAUCCUUCAAAUUAAGCUGUCAUGUCUGUGCAAUUAAUAUGAAUGUGGAUAGAAAAAUUCCAUUUGUGCUGUUAGUCGGCGUACUUCGUUUCAUUGACAUUGUAGUGAAAGCACGAUGCAGAAUUCGAUUAGACUAGACGAAAACUUGUGUCAUGAAUCGGCAGCCAAUAUUCAUACAGCAAAAGCAGUACAUGCACACCAAUGAAAACGCUGUUGGUAUUUCAAUCAACGUAAAAUCAAUUUGCAUUAAUCAACUAAUUUACAUUGUCGAAAUGCAACAUUAAACAAAUCAAUCAGAAGCAAGUGAGGCGCGUGUUUGUGCAAAAACAAAAAAAACACAAAAAAAACAAAACAAUAGUCAAACAUUUUUCGGUAAAAUAUCGGAAAAGAGAAUGUGAUAGAGAAUAGCAAAUUGGGUGGCAAUUCAAUGUCCUUUAUAUUUUAAAAUGUGUUUAUCGCGACCAUUUUUGCAGCAGUGAACGUAUAGUAAAUAAAGUUUCUAAUCAAAAGGAUGUGUGCGAUGAUGAUACUAUGUGCGCUACGUUUGUUUCGAUGGCAUUUGUUAUUGUCAGGGUCAAAUGUAUUGCUGAUAUCGUAUUUCACGGAGAGCGCUAAUUUUCCGGAGUUUUCAUACAAUGACUUGAAACCAAAAACAGUGUACAAUCCAUUGCUCUCUUUCGCUCUCUUUGGUGCCGUAGCUAACGUAUUUUCAACACGUUUAGCAUACCCGCGAACUUUUUGCGCAUUCCCGUAAAUAGUUCUGACCGAACAAAUCAAACAAAAACAAAUUAGUACUCUUAGUUUCGACCUGAAUACUUUCUGGAAGUGAUAGAUUUUGAAAAACCGAACCAAGCCCAAUUUUUCAAGAAUUACGGUUUUGAAAAUAUGUGACCAAAUAUAAGUGAAAAUUCGAAUAGAUACAUGAAUUUUCGAUGGCAAAUCGAAUGAGGUUCAUGUCAAUUUUCAUUUUUUGUAUACUAGGCCAUACCCAAAAUUCAAUCUUCAGUAUACGGCACUACACUGGAGCUAUUUUUCCGUAUAGAUAUGACUAUUAUUGAUGAACAUGUGAAAUUUGCUAUAAAAAAGCCAUUCAAUGAAUAUAUAUAUAUGAAAAUGCGGAUAGUUUUAAAUUUAUUCAACCAACUUAUCGUUUCAAAUUGUUCGGUGAGUGACUUUGAACAAAUCAAAUCGCUCAGUUUGGCAUACAAGAUGCGAAUUGACACAGGACCAGUGCACAUACAUACUCGUGCUUACUCUCUUGAAUCAUCACAUAGAAAAUUUCCUGACUGUCAACUGAUAAUACAGCCAACGCAAAAGAAAAUACUGUGCGGAAUAUUUCCAUGGAAAAACUGUAUGCCGUUGUCUCAUUCUCGCAACGGCAACGGCAACGAAGAGGGUACACUAAUACAAACUCGUAUCGCCCAACGAUAGAGUACCGAAACAACCGCACACUGUUAUUUUAUUGAUUUCGAAGCGAAAUUUCUUCGUGCAUGAAUUAGUUGAGUGUUAACCAUCAUAUGAGUUUUUCCCUGCUCCAUGCCGAUAUAUUCUCGAUGAGCACUGCACGCGAAUGAAACGCUCAUUUCCAUUGACUUUUCUUAUAAUUCUCUUAUCGUUACUUCCAAUUUAAUGUUCGUUCUCACUGUCGUCGUAGUUUUGAUCGCACCUCAUUUAAUGUCGAUAGUGCGUUGGAAACGCACUCAUCCUAAGUCCGGGCCCAUUUGCCAGCAUUAAAAUCCAUGGUCAUCGAAUGUUAUUUAUGCAAAAUGAAUGUGCCGUGUCAAAAAGUUCACGAAAAUGUGUGAAACACUUAUCAAAGCAACUACUGCGGGAGAUGAUGACAAGUUAAUCAAUUUUAUUGGAAAGAUGAAUUUAUGUUGUUAAAUGACAUGAUAUUCAGUGAAAAUGGAUAAAAAAUCGUACGUUUCGCAAUCUCAACCGUUAAACGAGUCGAGUGGAGCUGCAUCUGAUGUUAUUUGCGACGAUGAUGCUGCUGCUGAACUGCCACAAAAUGUUAAUCAAAUUGAUUUCCAAACUAUGAAAGCGGCAAAUGAUACGACAAAAAAAAGUCCCAAAAUGCAGCUUAGUCAAUCCGAUCUAUUGAAGCUGUUGAGCUACUUGGAAGGUGAAUUGCAGGCUCGAGACGUAGUAAUUGCUGCUCUUAAGUCGGAAAAACUGAAAAAUUUUAUCAACAUCACGCGACAUAAGCAACUGAAUUUGAACGACCCUCAAGCGGCUCUUUUUCGCGAUGGGUUAGCUCUAAAUGGAAGCUAUGUGAGCCAUCAAUCGUCGGCAGCGGCAGUUCAAGCUCAAUCGGAAAAUGAAAUUCGACAUUUUGCCGGCCAUCAACUCGAAAUACUCGAAGAUGCGAUACGCCAACAGCGAAACAUCCAUGGCAAACUAAUGUCAAUGAUGAAAGAUACCGAGCAGCGACAGUCUGGUUUAAUGCGUGAACUCGAAGAAGAGAAACGCAAACACGAACACGACACAGCGCAAGGUGAUGAUAUAACAUAUGGCUUGGAAAUUGAACGUACACGAUUACGUCAAGAGCUUGAAACAGAAAAGGCAGCUAGACGAAAAGCGGAAAAAGAUUUGAAAAAGGCACAGGAAACGUUGGAACAAGAACGUGGCCGUCAAAAACAAAUAGUUUUAUUGCUGUUGGCCGAACGUAAAAAAAUCAUCACAAAGUAUAUUGAAGAGCGCAAGCGAUCAGAGGAUCUGGCUCAAAUACUAUCCGAAGAAAAGGCGCGCGUUGAUACUAUCGCCGAAGGGCUGGAGGAAGAGAGCAAAAAAUCAUUGCGCAUGGAGGCCGAAUUGGAAAAACAGAUGCAAGCCUACACUGCUGAGAAGAAACUGCUCGAUUCAACAUUGGCAAAAGAAGAGAAACGGCGGAAGGAGCAAGAAUGUGAAAUUGCUCAACUGAAAGCUGAAAAUGAUAUGAUACGGAAGCAGGCGAUGCCACAUCGUUUAGGUCCAAAAAAUAUACCCUUACCUCAAGUUCCAGCCAAAAUUGGUAGUCUUCGAAAUAGCAAUAUAUCAUCACAAGAGGGUUCAUUUGACGAAAGCUUAGCUGCAACAGCAAAUACAAGCACUUCGGCUAGUCCAAUGAUAAGCAGUGUGACCAAAGUAGUGCAGCCAACAGCUACAGUAUCAAGUGUUCCCGUCUCAGGCCCAACUACUGGUAUUGCCAGAUCAAUACCAACCGGACAGAGUCUCCGACAACAUCCCCAAUAUCCAACGACAAUAACCUCUUCAAACACAUCCAAUGAUGCUGGACAUUCCCAUGUUUACACCAACGAGACUGCGCCAGCUGCAGCUGAACACCAAUCGCCUCCCGUUGCAACUACUCCAAUCGCCACAGUUCCAAGCGGCCCUACAGUUGCCGCAAUGGCAGCUAACAUAAAUACCCAAAUUUCAUCUACACCAUUUAAUAAUAAUCUUCAAGCAAAUGUGAAUCCUGUAAAUAAUAAUAAUGGACGUGGUGCGCCACCGCCGAUACCAAAAAAUAAACCAGUUAUACCACCAAAAUCGUCAGCUACACGCGAAUCAUCAGCUUCUCGUGCUGCUAGCAUAAUUAGUAAUGCGAAAGCAGCAAGCGUAUCAACGACACACCAUUUAGCAUCUUCAUAAAUGAUAUCAUCUAUCAGCUAGAGAUUUUCUUCCUGUCCAUUUAUUAAUUGUGGAUUCAAUGUUAUCUCACAAAUAAUUUUCUGGACGAUUUAUUUUUUAUUAAAAACAAAACAUAAAAUCAAAAGAGGUUGUUUUAACAGUUCACAUUUGAGUUUAAUAUUAUAAUUUUUACUUAAGUACUUCCGCAUUUUGCCGUAUACCACAUACGGUAUAUAGAUGAGUCCCAUUUUUGUGAUGAGUGUCUAAGAAGAGUGCAUUUGAACAACAUGUUCAUCGAAAAAAAAGAUAACAGCGACUCAAAACUCUUCCAUUCAAUGUAGCGUUUUAAAAUUGUGUGAUCAACUUCAAUAGACAGACAGAAUACUCUCUGAAGAAAAUAACGACAAAACUGAUUUCAGAAAAGUUAGUCAAUAAAAGAAAAUUAUAUAUUCGAACAAACAUCAGCAGCGAAUUGAUCGUAUUUAUCAAUAAUCUUAAAUGAUUACCAAACUCUACCAUGCAGUUAUAUAUGUAUAUAUGCACACCCAUAUAUGAGCCAUUGCGACAAACAAAUUCCCGCAGAAUAUUUUAGUUUUAAAGUGCAUCAUAACGUUUUUUUCAUAUGGAGUUGUUGUUAUAUAAACUCUAUACAAAAAAUUUCAUGUUGCACUUUGAAACUGAAAUAUUCUGAGAGAAUUUGUUUGUCGCAAUGGUUCAUAUAUAGUCUCGGUAUCUCCAUAGCCAAACAUACGCAUUUGUUUUAGUAUAAUUCAAGCAAACAAUUAGAUGAGGCACUUCAAUGUAAAGAAAGUUCUCAUCAAAAACCAUGUAAACUUUUUCCAAAAUAACUAUGUGUGUGUGAGAGAGAACGCGGACACAAAAAAAACAUUGAAAAAAAAAUAUUUAUUCAAAAAUUCUAGAUAUUUUCAAGGCCAACAUGUUCACUCAAUACUCAGUAAAUAAGAAUAAACAUUUGAUUUCGGAAACAA